AUGAUUUUCCAGAAAAAAACGGGACACGUUUUUACGUUUUAUUUAUUUUUUUCUUUUUUUUUCAAAAUUUAUUUUUUUGCAGAUGUCAACAAUGUCCAAAUUCAACAAUUCCAUCAAAAGAUAGAUUAGAAUGUAUAUGUUCAGCAGAUCAAAAAUUGAUUUCCAAACAAUUAUUUAUCUCGAUUUGUGAAAGUUGUCCUCAAGGAAGCUUUGUGUCACCAGACAAAUUGGAAUGUAUCAAAUGCACAAAAAAUGAAACUUGUCAAUGUUCCGAUCAAAAUAUCUUGGUUUAUCGUGAACAAUCUGGAAAAAUUAUAGAAAAUGGGGCACUUUGUGAGAGUUGUUCAAAAGGAUUCAGAGCAACUGAUCAAGGUUUUUGUGAAAAAUCUGAUGAGGAAUGCGAGGUAUACCAAAAAAAGAUUAAAAUUCUUAUUUUACAAAUUUUCUAGAAUUGUACAUCUCAAAGUUAUAGUCGAAUUAAACUUCAAAAUGGAGAUGACAUGCGAUCAACUUUUAUAUCAAAAAAUUUGGAAAUCGCAACAAAAAAAUGUGCGGAACGAGAUAUGAAAUAUUGUGAACUUCUUGUGAAUCUCUGUGUUCUACAAAACUUUGAUUCAUCUUCGCCGAUCAAUUCUUGUGGAAUUUUGGAAAAUAUCAAAAGAUCAUACAAUCCUUGGCAAACAUUUUGGGAUCCAGUUGAUUUUAUUGAUGAUUCAGAAUUGGAUAAAGACAAUGUUAUUGAUCAUCAAUAUAUUUUUGAUGAAAAUAGUUAUAUUGAUAUUGUUUUUGCGAAAUAUGAUGUUGAUGGAACAUUUGAGGGUUAUGUCGAUAAUUCGAAUUUGAAUCUUCAUUUUUGUGGACCUGAUAUGUUUCCGAAAUCCGCUUAUCUUUUUGGUCGAAGAUACUCAAAGUCUUGUCAAAUAAGGAAAGAACUUUUUAAUGAUAUUCAAAUUCAAAGGAAAUUUUUUGAAGCAUUUAUUCGAUUUGAAGACGAAACUGGAAGAAUAAAGGUAAUAGUUUGUGAAUAUUUUUGUGAAAUUAUCAAUUAAUGUUUUCAGAUGUAUCCAAUCCAUGUUUUAAAUAGUGCAAUUCGUGUGAAUGAUCAAUUAGUGAACACAAAUGAUCGAAAUCGAUGGGUUUUAACCCGACGAUUUUUUUCUUGAUGAUUAUUCUAUGAUGUUUGAUAACUCUUCAAAAAUUUAUCGAUUUGCUGCGAAAAUCGAGCUGAACAUGAUUCUCCAAAAAUCAAAAGAUGGUUUUAUAAACCCUCCAUAUUUAUCAAUUAAUUAUGAUGAUUCAAGCAAUGAGGUUUUAUACAGUAAUUUUGCAGUGAAUUAUCUCAAAGACCCCUCGGAUUAUGAUCAGAGACUUUUUUUAUUGUUAUGUGUAUUUGGACCGUUUUCAGUGUUUGUGUCAGCUAUUUGUGCUUACAGGUAGGAAGUUUUUUAAUUAUACUUCCAAGAAAUAUAUUUUCAGCUGGGGUCGACGAAUGGGAAUAGCAUCUCCAGUUGAUUCUUCUGCUAUUAUAUAUUUUCUGAUAUGUGUAAUUUCAAUAGUCGGAGAUAUUUUCUUCUUAUUAUUUUCCGUGAUUGCAGUUUGGAUCACUUUUGCAUAUAAAUCUCAAACCUAUAUAUUUUACAAUAUGCUCACAAAAUAUCAAGAGGAACGACUAUUUCUUUUUAUCAUCAUCGCAUUAAUUCUCAAAUUUUUGAGUCUUAUUUUCACAAUGGGAUCGCUCGUUUUUCAAGAAACAUUUUUCAUUGACUGGGAGCGACAAAAACUGAAACAGGCAACUUUUUUAAAUGAAUAAACCUGAAUUAAAUUUUCAAAUUCCAGACUGGAGAUCAAAGUGCAUCUCGAGAUCUAACAAAAUCGAGUGAAACCGAGUCAGUUGUUGUUUGGCGGACAUAUUUGAUAGCAAAUGAGUGGAAUGAAUUGCAACAAUAUCGGAAAACUUCGCUUUCUUUGCAAAUGAUUUUGAUUAUUGUAAUUCAUGAGUAUUUUCAGUAUAAAAAUUAUGCAUUGAUUGAACCGAGUUUUGAGAAAUGUAAGUUUUUUGAGAAAAAUAGUAUAGGGCUAAGAGAGAGCAGAGAGAAACCAGGAGGUUAGAGUGAAAGCGAAAAAAAGAGAGACAGAGAAACUAGACAUCUAGAGAUGUCAGUUUUGACUCAGAUCUGGAAAAAUAUGGUUACAAUUUCAGAAAUUUUGAAAUUGGGUCCAGUUCAAAAACUAUUCUAUUAUUUCAAAUCUUUUUUCAAUUUUCAGAUAAUGAAGAAUCAAGUUACACACAAUCAAGUAUCCUGACUAGAUUUUCAGUUGUUGUAUUCAUGUAUUUAUUCGUGGCAGCUUGUCAAAUGUUAGGCAAAGUUAUAAUAGUCGAAAGAAUGUUAACUGAUCCAUUUCACAAUUUCAUUGAUUUAUGUUCAGUUUCGAAUAUCAGGUAAAUAUUAUUUUUUUCUCACAACGAAUAAAAAUUGUUUUAGUGUACUUUCGCUAACUCAUCGUCUUUAUGGUUAUUAUAUCCAUGGUCGAAGUGUUCAUGGAAAAGGUGAUGCUGGAAUGAGUGAAAUGAACGCUUUUCUACAAAGAGAACGUGAUAAUUUAUGCGGUUAUCGUGGACUUGAACCAUCUUCUGAACUUCAAACUUUCACUUUGAAUCUUCCAAUACAUUUUCGAGAAAAUUAUGAUGAAAUAUGUCGAAUUACAAAACAACCAACAUCCGGAGCAAUUGGACACGAUGCAAUGACUUUGAAAAUGAAUCAGACUGUUGAGGCGCACGAUAAAAUGAACAAUUUUUUGAAAAAGUUUGUGGAUCAUUCAAUUUCUGAUCUUGACUAUGUUGUAAGAGAUCGGCCAUUGUUAGAAGCGGUACUUGACGCUGAAAUGACCGAUACUUCACAAAUUGGUACUUUCACAAGGUAUGUCAAUAUUUGCUUUUUUUUUUUGUAAUUUCCAUAGUAAAUAUUCAGAGAUCCAUCUGAAAUCGCUUAUUCGACAUGUUUUGUUUAUGGAAAUGAAUGGUGUUGGACAUCUUUCGAAUGCCUUCUCACUUGUGUUAUUUUCAUUUGGUCUGAUUCAAUAAUCCUUGCAGCCUUCAUUGUUUUCAUAACUUCUAAAUUUCUCCGUCUCAUAUUUUCAUAUCUUUCAACUGCUCAUUUAGUCAAAACAAGUUUAAUUGAUCAACGAUUUUUAGUUUAA